AUGCACCACCCCCGACUAGCCGACUACUUCGAAGACUUCACCCGCCCCCACACCUCCGCAACCCCCAGCACAACAACCUCCUCCCACCUCUACAACAACCACACCGUAACCUACGGUUCAUCAUCCCCGACCCUCGUCCCCUCCUUCCUCCCCAUCGAGGACAUCUACGUCGCGCCGCAGUAUCAACCCCCAAACCCCGAGGACGAGGAUGAUGUUGUCCCCGACCAGCAUGCUGCGUUUGGGAUUAGUCGGGCGAUGGAACGCCGAAGGGAGGCCGUUUGGAGGGAUUUGGGACUCGAGGCGCUGGUGAAUUCUGGGAGUGGGAAGAGUGCGGUUAGGGUUAAGGAGGUGGGGAGGAGGAUGGGGGGGAAGAGGGUUGCAUGCAUGGGUUGCUUGAUACCCCUUUGUUUCUGA